AAUAUUUAACGUAGCUAAACGGUUUCUCUAUAAAUUUUAACAACUUUUACAGUUGUUCCAUUAUUAUUUUCAACUUUCAAAACGAGAUUAUCAUUACUAAAAGUAGUGGCUGCAGGCAUUACCAAAUAUGGAGUUUGCUCGUUUUCCCAACCGUCCUCCCUUCGAUCCUUAGUAGCUCUCGGUUUUAUUUUCUUUUAAACAAUUGUGUUAUAUUCAAAUGUUUUCAUUGCAUUUUCUAGUGUAAUAAUAAUCAUUUCUUCUUUAUAAUCAAACAUGUCGUUUAGGGUGGUGCGCAGUUCUAAAUUCCGCCACGUUUACGGGCAGGCCCUGAAACGUGAGCAAUGUUAUGAUAACAUAAGAGUGUCAAAGAGUUCUUGGGACUCUACGUUCUGUGCGGUGAAUCCUAAGUUUCUGGCUAUAAUCGUCGAGUCCGCCGGCGGAGGCGCCUUCAUAGUACUGCCACACAAUAAGGUUGGUCGCAUACCGGCGGACCACCCUCUGGUGGGCGGGCACAAGGGCCCCGUGCUCGACAUCGCGUGGUGCCCACAUAACGACAAUGUCAUCGCUAGUGGCUCCGAGGACUGUGUUGUUAAGGUAUGGCAGAUCCCCGACGGGGGCCUGUCCCGUACCCUCACGGACCCGGUGGUUGACCUGGUGUUCCACCAGCGGCGCGUGGGGCUGGUGCUGUGGCACCCCACCGCGCAGAAUGUGCUGCUCACUGCCGGCUCCGAUAACCAGAUAGCGAUAUGGAACGUGGGCACCGGCGAGGUGCUGCUGACGUUGGACUGCCAUCCGGACCUCAUCUACUCCGCCUGCUGGAACUGGACCGGCUCCAAGCUCCUCACCACCUGUCGCGACAAGAAGAUCAGGAUCAUCGACCCGCGCAAGGGCGAGGUGGAGUCGGAGGCGGUGGCGCACGAGGGCAGCAAGGCCUCGCGAGCCAUCUUCCUCAAGCACGGGCUCGUCUUCACCACCGGGUUCAGCCGCAUGUCGGAGCGUCAGUACUCGCUCCGCACCCCGGAUGCCCUCGCGGAGCCGAUCGUGACGGUGGAGAUCGACACCAGCAACGGCGUCAUGUUCCCGCUCUACGAUCCCGACACUAACCUCAUCUACCUCUGCGGGAAGGGCGACUCCGUUAUACGAUACUUUGAGGUGACACCAGAGCCACCAUUCGUUCACUACAUCAACACCUUCCAAACGCCAGACCCACAGAGAGGUAUCGGCAUGAUGCCGAAGCGAGGUUGCGACGUGGCCACCUGCGAGAUAGCCAAGUUCUACCGAUUGAACAACUCUGGACUGUGUCAGGUGGUAUCAAUGACAGUCCCCCGCAAGUCGGAGCUGUUCCAGGAGGACCUGUACCCCGACACGCUGAGCGACGAGGCGUCCCUCACGGCGGACGAGUGGCUCGCGGGCGAGGACGCCGAGCCCUGCACCAUGUCGCUCAAGGAGCGUGCCCUCGUUGUGCAGGGCGGAUACGUCGCCGGCCGAGCCGCCACCCAGCUGCACGUCAACAAGAAGACCAACGCCUUAGCUGGGGCUAAGGAGAGGGAGAAGGACAGGUCUCCUACUCCGGCACAUCGGAGGGAUGACAGCCAUGCGGGGACUCCGGCCUCCGCUACACCGCCGCCGGCCGUCAGUGCUGCUGUGGAGAAGCAGCUCUCAGACCUAGUCGACGAGAUCCGCAAACUGAAAUCGGUGAUCGUCAAACAAGAAAACCGCAUCAGGGCUCUAGAAGCCACUGUGAAGGCGCCGGCCACCCCCACCAUCACUGCCCCCGCGCCCAGCAGCCCUCAGCCGGCCGCCAGCCCCCAGCAGAACCAUGACGACGACGCCAUGGCUCCCGACGAGGUCUGAAGGUCAGGGAGAACAGGUACUUUGUGUUCUAUAGGCCCAACUUCACUGACAACAUAAACGAUGACGUGACUGCUGGGCAAAGACCUCUCGAGGGUUCGCCUCUUUGCUCGAUCUUCAGCAACCCGCAUCCAUUGCUUUCCGGCGACCUUGGCCAGAUCCAUCUAGUGGGGAAACUGCCCACGCUGCGUCUUAUGGUCUUCUGACAUAAACCAUCAGUUCUCUUUAAACAGCUGUUUAAUGAUAAUGAAAAUUCAGAGUAAACAGUGUUUAAGAGAAAUAGACAUUUAUGUUGUUGGUGAAAAUGGACCUCAAUCUAGUUAAACAAGGACCAAAAUACAACACUGGUCCUUUUUAGUAAUAAAAAUUAUGGAAUUGGUAGUUUUGUUUAAAAGCAGCAAAAAUACGCUAGAUAAAAAACACAAAGUUGACGCGUCGAUAUUUAUUUUGUAACUGUAUUAUUAACUCGAUUUAUUGCAGUAAGAAACGGUUUAGAAUUGAUAUCGACUAAAUA